CGGCAGACCCCUAGUUCUACCCCAUGCCUACAAAAGGAUUAAAAAAAAGCAUCAUAACGCGUAGUUUAGAGCCUCUAUCUUGCGCGUGAAAAUGUCCGGCUAUGGCUACGGCGGUUAUAAUGGCGGUCCACCACCGGCCCAGCCGUACUCGUCAGCUCCACCACCAGCCCAACCGUAUUCGUCAGCCCCACCAUCCGCCCAGCCGUACUCUUCUUCAGCUCCACCGCCUGCCCAGCCGCCGUAUUCAUCAUCUGCCUACAACGCCCCGCCGCCCUCUUCCGCGUCUCCCUAUUGGGGCCCACCACCAGCUCAAUCCCCUUACGGAGCCGCCCCAUACACCGCCCCAUCGGCUCCGUAUGCGUCGGAUCCCAGCAAACCUCCGAAGGAAAACAAACCUCAGCACUCCGCCCCUUACGGCGGCGGUUAUCCUACUCCACCGCCAUCGGCACCUUACGGAAAUAGCCCCUUUGCCAAUCUCGUCCCCUCCACCUUCCCUCCCGGGACAGAUCCCAACGUAAUUGCCUGUUUUCAGAUCGCCGACCAGGAUGGAAGCGGGUUAAUCGACGACAAGGAGCUACAGAGGGCGCUCUCCUCCUAUAACCAGAGCUUCAGCUUGAGGACAGUACAUCUUCUAAUGUAUCUGUUCACCAACACCAGCGCUAGGAAAAUAGGUCCAAAGGAAUUUACUGCAGUAUUCUACAGUCUGCAAAACUGGAGGGCAAUUUUUGAGAGAUUUGACAGGGACCGUAGUGGCAAAAUUGAUGCUACGGAGUUAAGGGAGUCCCUAUUUAGCCUGGGAUUUGCGGUAUCACCUACAGUUUUAGACCUGCUUGUAACCAAAUUUGACAAAACUGGUGGAAAGAAUAAGGCCAUUGAAUAUGAUAACUUCAUUGAGUGCUGUCUCACUGUAAAGGGGCUGACUGAGAAAUUCAAGGAAAAGGACACCGGGUACACCGGUUCAGCAACUUUCACCUACGAGUCUUUCAUGUCGACAGUCCUGCCUUUCCUCAUUGCAUAGAGGGAUGCAAAAGGUUAAGUUUUCUUUGUCAAGACAAACACUGCAGCUUCCUAGUUCCAAUAUACUGGUAUAUGGUUUCAUUGGUUUGUGUGUUUAUGCGAAAUUUGGUUAGUUGUGUGUAUGUGUGUGUACUGUGCGUGCAAUGAACUCUGUUGUUUGUUUGCUUGGUAAGUUGGUGUGAUCUUGACAUAUUUCCAAAUAGCCACUCCCCUCUGAAAAUCUAUGUUGCACGGAUUGUUUAAUUAAAUGUUGUUUCUCGUCUCUAAAACGCCCCUGCUUGGAUACUUGGGGAUGUUACCACACUCGGAUCCUUUGAGAAACUUGUCAAAGUUGGUGUUUUCUCAUUCUCGACUCUGUCCUCACAUGAAUACCAAUCGUCGUCCCCCGUCUAACUUAGCUGAAAAUUUCAAUUUUCUUUGGCUAAAAUCUUGUUUGGCUCAUAUUCUGAACACAUUCUAUUGUUCCGGCAAACACAACAAACUCACUAUCGGUCACAAUAUAAAGAAUAAUGUGGUUA